AUGGCUGACCAGUUUACAGAGGAACAGAUUGCUGAAUUCAAAGAGGCCUUCAGCCUUUUUGACAAGGAUUCUGAUGGCAGCAUCACUACUAAGGAACUGGGCACUGUCAUGAGGUCUUUAGGCCAGAACCCAACGGAGGCUGAGCUGCAAAAUAUGAUGGGAGAGGUCGAUGCUGAUGGUAAUGGUACCAUUGAUUUCCCUGAGUUCUUGGGCAUGAUGGCGAAGAAGAUGAAGGGUGCUGAAACUGAGGAGUCUAUCCGGGAAGCCUUCAAGGUGUUUGACAAGGAUGGCAAUGGCUAUGUCAGUGCAGCCGAGCUAAGGCAUGUGAUGACCAGCCUUGGGGAAAAGCUGACAGACGAAGAAGUGGAUGAGAUGAUGGGGGAAGCUGAUGUUGAUGGUGAUGGGCAGGUGAACUAUGAAGAGUUUGUCCGUGUGCUUUCCUCUAAGUAG